AUGGUGGAGCGAUUAUCAGAUACGGUAUUGAAAGGGAACUUCAUGAAGGGUUUGAAGGCAGAGAUCCGAGCAACAAUGAAGAUUUUGAUGCCACGUGACUUGGGGGAGGCCAUGAAGAAAUCUGGAGUCACUACAAUUGAUGCAGCAGCUUCUUACAAUUCCCUUGAUAACAUUUAUAUUGAAGAUGAUGUGAAUUUGGUUGACGUUGAAUCUGACGGUGAAGGCAUUCUUUCAGAGGAUCCCGAGUGCCCCUACAUUUCUGAUAUUGAAACCGAGAAUAAAGGCCAAGACAAUGGUGAGCGUGCUGCUUUGUCAGAAAGCAACAAAAAUAUUCACUUGGAGAUUGUAGAGCAAAAGGGAAAGCUUGACAUGCUGCUGGAGAAGGUUCCAAAAUUUUCAAAAUAUUUGGAAAGUCGAAGAGCUGAACUUCAGAAAUCAGAGAGCGAGGAAAUUGAUUCUGAUGAGGAUGGCGACACAAAUUACUCUAAUGGUGUUUCUUCAAAUGAGGGUAUGCGUUUACAUGACAGGAGGGCCAUCAACAGCCAUACUAUAGAUGUCUGGUGUUGGCUAGUAGUAGAGCAACCUGAAGGGCCUGCGCUACCUAAUCUGCUUCAUACAUUUCAAGCUGCUUGCCGUUAUGGUUUUGAUUCAGAUGAAAGCCAUUUGCAUGAAAUUCUAGAUGAAAAAGUUUUUUCUAAGGUGCUGAUGUUCAUCUUAUGUGAAGCUGAUGGUAUCUUUCGGAAAUGGUUGGGUGUUUCAGAUUCUUGCAGAAAAGAUAGUUUUUUGAAGUUCAUGAACACAUCGGAGUGGAAACUAGUGAGACCGCUAAUGAAAUCCUAUUUGAGAAGUUGCUUGCUUCUUCUAAAUCAAGUAACUGAUGGCCAGAUUCUUGUCUUCAUCUUAUCUCGCCUUAGAUCUUCAAUUGUAUUUUUUGCUGCUUUCCCAUCACUGACUGAGUUGCUCAUCAAGAUCUCAGUUCAUCUAUGGGUGACUGGGGAGGAGAGCUUGUCUCUGUCUUCUUUCCUUGUUGUCCGAGAGAUUGCCUCAAUGUUGCUUUCUGAUUGGUAUGAUACUUGCAUGAUGAAGACAUAUAAAGCUUUUAUUGCACAUUCAAAGUUUUUUGAACAUGGAAAUCUGAAGAAAGUGGAGUUUCUUAUGAAUUCAAUUGUGGAAUUGUACUCCUUGGAUCUGCAAAGGUCCUACCAACAUGUUUUUGCAUCUUUGCAACAUUUGGCUAACAUAUUGAGCCAGACUAUGAAAGCCAAGAAGAAGGAAGAACUCAAGAAGAUACACAAUUGGCAGUAUAUUAAUUGUGUCAGUCUCUGGGUCAAGUUUAUUGAUUGUAAUCUCAAGGAUCAUGAUCUUCAGCCACUGCUCUCCUUAUCUAUCCUAAUAAUAAAAGGGAUAGCUCAUUUGUUUCCCAGUCUUCGAUACCUACCUUUAAGAUUUAGAUGUGUUCAGAUGCUCAAUCAGCUAUCUCUUUCUAGUGGUGUUUUUAUUCCUGUUGCUUCUCUGGUACUUGACUUUUUGGAGCAUAAAGGAUGUACUGCAGAUGCCACUCGUGUGAAAGCAUUUGAUUUUUCAACUGUUUUAAAGGUGCCGAAGCAUUUGCUGAAAUCACGUAACUUUCAAGAGGAGUGCAUCCUUUCUGCUAUUGAACUUCUUUCAGCACAUUUUUCACAAUGGAGAUAUCAUAUAUCUUUCCCUGAGCUGGCAACCAUUCCUUUGGUGUUAUUCAAGAGAUUCCAUGAAAAAUUAAGUAAUGAGACACUUCGACGGCAGGUGAAACGCUUUAUAGAUCAGGUCGAACAAAAUAAAGAAUAUAUUGAGAGGAAAAGAGCUGAAAUUUCCUUUUCACCCAAUGAUCACGCGGCAAUUGAUUCAUUCCUUCAGAUGGAAAAGAGUGGUUCCAAUUGUUCUUUCAACCAGUACUACGCUAGUGUACAACAGAAGUCCCACUCCAGAAGUGCACUAAGAUAAAUUAUCUGCAGUACAGUUGUUGUUGAGAGUAGUGGAUGUGAAAGAAGUGUAGAGUUUGUUGCUCAUACCAUGGAAAGGACCAGAAUUCUUUCAAUGAAGUUAUAUUGAUGACUGAGGCUUUUUCUUGAUCCAGUUGGUUCCUUCUGUGGUCCGGUUUAUUUAAAGGUUUACACCACAUCUAAGAGUGAUUUGACCUUGGAGAUUGAUCUUUCAAUAAGCGAAGGUGGUGUUUUUUCAUUGAAUGGCAAAAUGCAUCAGGUAGAUUAGCAGUUGUAGGAAUUUUGGGCAUUUAAAGAACCAUCUUCUACUUUAUUAUUUGUAACACUAAGGCGUCGUUUGUGAUAGCUUUUUUUAUUUUUUCUUGAAACAACUUUUUAGUACAAAAAAUUUAAUUUUUAUACUAAAACGCUGCUUCAAGAAGCAAUAAAAAAAUAGUCCCAAACAAAGCAUAACACUCUUACCUUUAUGCGAUUACUUUUGCAUAUGUUAACUCGAACGAGUAAAGGGAAAAUUUUGUUACUCGAUAUUGAUUCCUUUCACAUCUCAAUCUUGUUGUUUGUAUCGUCAUGUUGUUAUAUUAAAAUUUUGAGUGUCAAAUUAUAAUAUCUAAAAUUUAUCUUUCUUCUGUAAAA